CCACACGCCUCAACGCUACACUCAUUUGGGAAUCCCCCAAUCAAUCUCUACUAGUACAACCAAAAUAAACCUUCCAUUCCAUUACAUCACAACCCAUUUUGUAUUUUGGUAUCAUAUUUACUUUUUAGAGAGAGAGAGAGUAGAGAGAGAGAGUCAACAAGAAGUGCGUAUGCAUUUCAAGCCUCCCAUCCAUUCCUAUCUCUAGUGGGAAUAGUUGGGGAUAUGAUUACUGAUUAGUGUGUACUACAACGCUUAAUUCUGUUUGUACUGCCUUGGGCAGUAGUACAUGAUGGAGUAAUACCUUCCAUAUAGGUCAUUACCUAUAAAUUUGGGUUAUUACAGCUUAAUUAGGCAGUGUACUGCUUUUGUGUGGUUAGAUAUAUAUGAUUUUCAGUUUUUCACUGUGGUAUCUCAUACCCAUUUUUUGUGAUUUAAUUCAGAGACCCAAUUGAGGGUUGAGUGAAUGCAGAUAACCCAUUUGCUGAUUUGGUGCUGAUAAAGGUUUUUCGUGCCAAUUUAUGGAGAUUUUCGGGUGAAUGAAUUCAAGGUGGUGACAAAUACCCAUUUGGGCAUUUCUUUUUUAUUGAAAAAUUGUCAAUUUUGAGGCACUGUAAGCUGUUCCAGGUUUCUGAUCAUCUUUUGCCAAAGAGAAAUUGCAUACUGCUGAGACGAGGGUGAGCACUUGGAUCAUUGAAAUGGGGAACAUGAACAUGGAAGAAUCGAAUGAAAUUGAGAGAGAGGACAUGGAGGAGGUACAACAGGAGCAGGAGGACAUAAAGAGAAUUACUCCAUGGACAAAACAGAUUACGUUUCGUGGAAUUGUAGCCAGUUUAGUGAUUGGAGUCAUUUACAGUGUGAUAGUGAUGAAGCUCAAUCUCACAACCGGUCUCGUCCCUAAUCUCAAUGUCUCAGCUGCUCUUCUGGCCUUCGUGCUCCUCCGGUCAUGGACGAAGCUGCUAAAGAAGGCUGGGAUUGCCUGCGCUCCAUUCACACGACAAGAGAAUACGAUAAUCCAGACUUGUGCAGUUGCAUGUUAUAGCAUUGCUGUGGGAGGUGGUUUUGGUUCUUAUCUGUUGGGAUUGAAUAAGAAGACAUAUGAGCAGGCAGGGGUUGAUACACAGGGGAAUUCACCCGGGACCUACAAGGAACCCGGGAUUGGUUGGAUGACUGGUUUUCUUUUCGUAGUUAGCUUUGUUGGACUGUUGGCCUUGGUUCCUCUAAGAAAGAUUAUGAUAAUAGACUACAAAUUAACUUAUCCUAGUGGAACUGCUACCGCGGUUCUCAUUAAUGGUUUCCAUACACCUAAAGGAGACAAUAUGGCCAAGAAGCAGGUUAACGGGUUCUUGAGAGUCUUCUCGAUUAGUUUCCUGUGGGGUUUCUUUCAGUGGUUCUAUUCUGGGGGAGAAAAAUGUGGAUUCUCUCAAUUUCCUACAUUUGGGCUGAAAGCAUGGACACAAACAUUUUACUUUGAUUUCAGUAUGACUUACAUUGGAGCAGGGAUGAUCUGUUCCCAUCUUGUGAACUUGUCUUUGCUUCUUGGCGCUGUGCUCUCUUGGGGAAUAAUGUGGCCGCUGAUUGGUGAUCGUAAAGGAGAUUGGUUCCCGAAAGCUUUACCAGAAAGCAGUAUGAAGAGUCUAAAUGGUUACAAGGUUUUUAUUGCCAUUGCUCUUCUCCUAGGAGAUGGGCUCUACAAUUUUCUCAAAAUACUUUAUUUCACUGGCAGAAGCAUGUAUACUAGAUUGAAGAAGAACCCCAAAACAAUUUCAGAUGACAAGAAUCAGCCCCUUGAUGAUCUUAAACGAAAUGAAGUGUUUGUAAGAGAGAGCAUUCCUUUAUGGGUGGCGUGUACAGGGUACACGUUCUUCUCCAUUAUUUCUGUAAUUGUGAUCCCCCUCAUGUUUCCCGAGCUGAAGUGGUAUUAUGUUGUCGUUGCCUACAUUCUUGCACCUUCUCUUAGUUUCUGUAAUGCAUAUGGUGCCGGUCUAACUGACAUGAAUAUGGCCUAUAACUAUGGAAAAGUGGCCCUCUUUGUGCUUGCUGCAUUGGCUGGGAAGGAUUCUGGUGUAGUUGCAGGACUAGUCGGAUGUGGUUUGAUUAAAUCUAUUGUUUCCAUAUCCUCUGACUUGAUGCACGAUUUUAAAACGGGCCAUCUCACUCUCACUUCCCCUCGAUCCAUGCUUGUUAGCCAGGCCAUUGGGACGGCCAUAGGCUGCGUGGUAGCUCCUCUCACAUUCUUUCUAUUCUACCGGGCUUUUGAUGUUGGGAAUCCAGAUGGGGAAUACAAAGCUCCUUACGCCCUCAUAUAUAGAAACAUGGCAAUUCUAGGUGUCGAAGGUUUCUCUGCCCUGCCUGAGCAUUGCUUGCAGCUCUGUUACGGGUUUUUUGCUUUUGCUAUAGCAGCCAACUUGGUGAGAGACGUUUCCCCAAAGAAGGUUGGAAAAUGGAUUCCACUUCCAAUGGCUAUGGCUGUACCUUUCCUAGUUGGGGCUUACUUUGCAAUUGAUAUGUGCGUGGGGAGUUUGAUUGUAUUUGUGUGGCACAAGCUCAAUAGCAAGAAGGCUGGUUUGAUGGUUCCUGCAGUUGCAUCAGGUUUGAUUUGUGGAGAUGGGUUGUGGAUUCUCCCUUCAUCAAUCCUUGCCUUGGCCAAGAUCAAUCCUCCAAUCUGCAUGAACUUCUUGCCUAGCAAGAAAGCCUAAUAAAUUACGGGUUUUUUUUUUGGUGGGGAUAGAAGAGAGAUCAUGGGAAGAAAAAAAAAAUGAAGAAUUGUAUAUGGGUGCAGGAAACUAGUAGAUGCAUGCUUAAUCAAUUUUGCAGUUUAUGCAAGUGUAAUACCUUCUACCAAGUGCUUGUACCUGAUGGAAGUUUAAGAAGAGAAAGUGAGGAAAAAUUAGAUAAAAAUGUAUUAACAUAUGUAAAGUUCUUAUACUAUUAUUCUUAA